AUGGUUGCCACUGGUAGCUUGUCUCAUUGUCUGAAAAUCUGUUUAUUGUCUGAGUGGAAAGAGUAUCUGCUAGAAUUGGAUUUGAUCAUUUUCAACUUUGUGUUGAUUGUGAUUGAGAAUCAUGAUACUCUGCUUUUAUUGAUAGUUUCCAGAGUCGUCCUACUCAGAGGCAUGGUUCUUCUUUCUAUCCCUCAAGUUGGAACUGCUGUUGUCACUCGAGCUGAUGGAAGAUUAGCUCUUGGAAGAUUAGGAGCUCUCUGUGAGCAGAUUACUGAACUGAUCUCUCAAGGAUACGAGGUUGUUUUGGUGUCUUCAGGUGCUGUGGGUGUUGGCCGACAACGGCUUAGAUACAGGAAAUUGAUCAACAGCAGCUUUGUUGACCUCCAAAAACCGCAGCUGGAACUUGAUGGCAAGGCUUGUGCCGCUGUUGGACAGAAUGGUCUUAUGGCCCUUUAUGAUACUUUGUUCAGCCAGUUGGACGUGACAUCUGCUCAACUUCUAGUUACUGAUAAUGACUUCAGAGAUCCAGCUUUUAGGAAGCAGCUUAAUGAGACUGUUAAAACUUUGUUAUCUCUUAAAGUUGUUCCUAUAUUCAAUGAAAAUGAUGCAGUGAGUACCAGGAAGGCACCUUAUGAGGAUGCUUCUGGGAUAUUCUGGGACAAUGACAGUUUAUCAGCUCUACUAGCGCUCGAGCUAAAAGCUGACCUUCUUGUUCUGUUAAGUGACGUAGAUGGUCUAUACAGUGGUCCACCUAAUGAUUCCCGUUCUGAAUUAAUUCAUACAUACAUUAAAGAAAAGCAUGAGAGAGAAAUAACUUUUGGAGACAAGUCUAGGGUGGGAAGAGGGGGGAUGACUGCUAAAGUAAAAGCUGCUGUUUAUGCUGCUUAUGCUGGCAUCCCUGUUGUUAUCACCAGUGGUUUUGCUGCUGAUAAUAUCAUAAAAGUUCUAGACGGAAAGCGUGUUGGUACGCUAUUCCAUCGGGAUGCUAAUAAAUGGGUCCCACAAGGAGAAGUUGGUGCGCGUGAAAUGGCAGUGGCAGCUAGAGAAAGUUCAAGGCGAUUGCAAGCUAUGCCUUCACAAGAGAGAAGUAAAAUUUUGCUAGAUGUAGCAGAUGCAUUGGAAGCAAGUGAGAAGCUAAUAAUGGCAGAAAAUGAAACUGAUAUUGCCGAGGCUCAGCUUGCUGGAUAUGAAAAAUCUUUGGUUUCUAGGCUGGCCUUGAAACCCGGUAAGAUUAAAAGUCUUGCAAAUGCUAUUCGCAUGCUUGCUAACAUGGAGGAGCCUGUUGGUCGAAUUCUGAAAAGAACAGAGAUUUCAGAAGGAUUCAUAUUAGACAAGACGUCAUCUUCCUUGGGUGUUCUCUUGAUCAUAUUUGAAUCCCGACCUGAUGCCCUUGUUCAGAUAGCAUCAUUGGCACUGCGAAGUGGCAACGGACUCCUUUUGAAAGGUGGAAAAGAAGCUAGACGGUCCAAUGCAGUCCUGCAUAAGGUAAUUACUUCUGCAAUUCCAAAAAGUGUUGGGGAACAACUCAUUGGACUUGUGACGUCCAGAGAAGAUAUACCUGAAUUACUCAAGCUGGAUGACGUAAUUGAUCUGGUGAUUCCAAGAGGCAGCAACAAACUUGUUACUCAAAUUAAGGCUUCAACAAAAAUUCCUGUUCUGGGCCAUGCUGAUGGAAUAUGUCAUGUGUAUGUAGAUAAGUCUGCUGAUAGGAAUAUGUCAAAGCAGAUUGUUCUGGAUGCAAAAACGGAUUACCCUGCUGCCUGCAAUGCUAUGAGACUUAAUCACCCUGUUUCUAUUCCUAAGGAAACGCUGCUUGUUCAUAAGGAUUUGGUACAGGAUGGAAGCCUAAACGAACUUAUAGUGGAGCUUCAAAUUAAAGGUUUGACUUCUUCGGCAGCUUCUUUUACCCUAUUUAUCAAUGGGUGUGCCCACACAGACUGCAUUGUGACAGAAGACAAUGAAGUUGCUGAGAUCUUUUUACGACAAGUUGACAGGCUUGCAAGAGGCAGUGGACAGGUGGUUAAUGGCGACAAAGACAUUGUGUACACUCACAAGGACUUGAGUUUGCAGACUUGAGACGUAAAACCACCAAUUGGACCUAUCAAGUGGCUUAUGUGGCAUUAUAUUGACUGCAUACGUCUCAUUAUUCAUCUGCUUAUCACCAAAUUUCGCGGGAUGGCUUGCCCACACAGCCACAUCUGAUUGUAUUAUAUAGCAUUUAUAUAUUGGCAUGAAUAAAUGAACCGGCAUUUUUCAUAUAUUAUUAGAAUAAGAACUUGCAUGAGCACAUAAUGUAUGAUUGAAGUAAGUUUGGUGGGUUAGAAAUUAUAUGCAAGUUUGGUUUAGCCAUUGGCGUUUUUUACAAAAUCAUGUUUGAUUAUUUACUCUAUUUUCUGUUAGGUCGAUGAAGUAAAAAUUGAGCCG